AUGACUGGUGCUGUAUAUCAAAUGGGUUCCGGAACAUUAGCAGUUCCCAUGAAACUGUUUAAAGAUAAUAGAAAUCGUGUUGUAGAGAAAUUUAAAAAUAUUAACUCACUAGAUAAUUUUGCAUACAUAUUUUUGCGUGGUGGCACUAAUACUAGUUUUAAUGAUACUGAUCAAAAAUAUAUAUUUCGUCAAGAAUCAUAUUUUCAGUAUAUGUUUGGUGUUAAAGAACCAGAGUGUUAUGGAGCAAUUAAUGCCAAAACUGGUCGAUCAACAUUAUUCGUUCCAAGAUUACCAGCUGAAUAUGCUGUUUGGCAAGGACGAAUUUAUACAUUAGAUGAUUUUAAAAAACAUUAUGAAGUUGAUGAAGUCUAUUAUACUGAUAAUAUGGAAAAAUUCUUUCAUUCCAUGAAUACUUCACUUAUUUUAACAUUAUUUGGAACAAAUUCUGAUUCUGGUUUACAAAGUGAACCAGCUUCAUUCCCGGGAAUCGAAAAAUUCAAAGUAAAUUCGGAAAUGUUAUAUCCAAUAAUUGCUGAAUGUCGAGUAUUGAAAUCUCCAGAUGAAUUGGAAGUUUUAAGAUAUGUAGCAAAAGUUUCAUGUGAUGCUCAUAAACGUAUAAUGAAAAUGAUUAGAGCUGGUAUGAUGGAAUAUGAAGCUGAAAGUGAAUUUUUGCAUUAUUGUUAUAAAUAUGGUGGAUGCAGACAUCCAUCAUAUGUAUGUAUAUGUCCUUCUGGCGCUAAUUCAGCAACUUUACAUUAUGGACAUGCUAAUGCACCAAACAAUCGUAGAAUUGAAGAUGGCGAUAUGUGUUUAUUUGAUAUGGGAGCGAAUUAUGCUGGUUAUUCAUCUGAUAUAACAUGUAGUUUUCCGGUAAAUGGAAAAUUUACUGAAAAACAAAAAUUUAUAUAUAAUGCUGUGUUAGAUGCUAGAAAUGCAGUUAUGUCAACUGCCCGUGAUGGUAUUUCAUGGGUUGAUAUGCACCGAUUAGCAUGUAAAACUAUUUUGCAACGUCUUAAGGAAGGUGGGGUAUUAAAAGGUGAUGUUGAUGAAAUGAUGAAAAGUGGAUUACAUGCCAUUUUUAUGCCACAUGGAUUAGGUCAUUUGAUUGGUGUUGAUGUACAUGAUGUUGGUGGAUAUUUAGCUGGACAACCGGAACGGCCUGUUGAACCUGGUUUCGAUAAAUUAAGAUUUGCCAGAAUUCUUAAAGCGGGAAUGUAUAUAACAAUUGAACCAGGCUGUUAUUUUAUUGAAAUUCUAAUGAAUAAAGCAAUUGAAGAUAAAAAUUUAAAUAAAUUUAUUAAUGUUGAAAAAUUUGAAGAAUUCCGUAAUUUUGGAGGUGUUCGUCUUGAAGAUGAUGUUUUAGUACGCGAAAAUGAUGUUGAGAACUUUUCCAUUGUUCCAAGAACCGUUGAAGAAAUAGAAGAGUUCAUGGCACGUUAA